AGUCUAGUCCUAUAAACCUCCAUAAAGUUGUUGCGUAUAUGCGCACCGUAAGCAAGACAGAGAAAGCAAGAAGAAAAAAGGAAAAAUCAUUCUGCCGUGGUAUUUGUUUUUCCCGAGUGUCGCCGUAUUCGCGACGUUUAUCUGCAUUUGACGUUGUUCGUUCCUUUCGUCGACAGCGGUGUCGAUUAAAAGGAGCUAACAUAAGGGCGUUGUAGCCCGAAUUUUGUUUUUCGCGGAUGUACAGUUUUUUCGCGAACGGGCGGAGAAUUACUACAGCGACACGAUGUCGGAUGACCAACCAAAGUCUCCGAUCGACGGUAUUCUGCCGUUCUUACAAAGCAUUGAAUGGAGGGAUCCAUGGCUUGCACUGUUACUGACUUUUCAUGUUGCUGUUACAAUGACUGCAUUGAUGACACGAAACCAUGCCAAUUUCCAAAUUAUGUUAUUUCUAGCUUUGUUGCUCUUGGUAUAUUUCUCUGAAAGCAUCAAUGAAGUGGCUGCAUCUAAGUGGAUGUUAUUUUCAAGGCAACAGUAUUUUGAUUCUAAUGGUCUCUUUAUAUCUGUAGUAUUUUCUGUGCCUAUUUUAAUGAACUGUAUGAUAAUGGUGGCUAGUUGGCUUUAUCAAUCCAGUCAAUUAAUGACUAGCUUAAAAAGGGCCCAACUAAGGCAGCAAGCAAGAAAUCGACAAAUAGAAGAUGAAUCUACAAAUGCAAAUGGUACUGUUAUAAGAGAGAAGCAGGAUUGAACUUUCUAGUCAGAUGACAAGAAGUGAUAAAUUGAUCCAUACAUAUGUAUAUUACUAUUUCACAAGCAGUAGCUUGUUUUUUACCACGAAUACAGUGGUGUAUAAUGGCAUUACAAAAUUCGGCAAUUAUUCAACAUAGCAUUUCUUAAAAAGCUACUGCCGACAUAGCCAUUGCUGUAAUUCAUAUUGAAGUUGACUAGUUAAACUGUCGGUAGAUUAUGUUUCCAAUUUUGUGCCGUGUCUACUAUAUAAUUAGAACGUAAAUUCGAAAUUCACAAAUCAUAUUUUUAUUUAUUAAUAAUCAAUAAUCUACUAAAAUAGAAAACGGCACGUUGUAUGAAAAUGAUGAAAAGUUACGAGAGGAUAUUGUUAUCUUAUAUUAAGGUACAUUCCGACAGUUUUCUUUUAUGUUAAUGUUGAGAUAUUAAUUACGAAUUCAAGUGUUCUUAAAGCCUCACCAUUGUACUUAUUAUUGUAACGUUUAUUGCUUAUUAUAAAGGUUGGAGGACAACGGCAUAAUUAGGUAUUAACGGCUUUAGAAUUAUAAUUAUAUAUGCAUGUAUGUACGAAAGUGUGAAUGAAUAUGUGGUAUUUUGAAAAAUGUGCUAUCAUCAAAAAGAUGUAUGCAUUAUAAUCCAGUCAGAUAUCAUUUUCAAAUUGUAUGUUGUGUAAAUCGAUAGUUUCUUGCCGUCAUAACCUGUAAUAAUUAAUAAAUAUUCUUCCUAAAAUUG